CGGCAUUGGUCAUACUCAGCUGUCAAGUUUGUUUUUUUUUGGCAAAAGUUCAGCCGGCUUUUCGUCAAAUUCCGACUUAAAAUAAGCCUUGUUAUUUCGUGAUUAGAUAGACUGCAAACAACAAGAUGUCUUUCGUGGGACGCACACUGAUUCGCAACGUGCCGCUGUUCGGCAAGGCCAUUCUGAGUCAGCAAAAACAGAUUGCAUCACGUCUCCUGCACCAGACUGCUCCUCUGGCCGCAGUCCGUGUCCAGCAGCCCGCUCCCGAUUUCAAGGGCCUGGCAGUGGUGGGCAACAGCUUCCAGGAGGUGAAGCUGGAGGACUACCGCGGCAAGUACCUGGUGCUCUUCUUCUACCCACUGGAUUUCACAUUCGUUUGUCCCACGGAAAUCGUUGCAUUUAGCGAGCGGAUCAAAGAGUUCCAAGACAUCAAUGCCGAGGUUCUGGGCGUGUCCGUGGACUCCCAUUUCAGCCAUCUAACCUGGUGCAAUGUGGACCGCAAGAACGGCGGAGUGGGCCAGCUGAACUACCCACUCCUCUCCGACUUGACCAAGAAGAUCUCCGCCGACUACGAUGUGCUGCUGGACAAGGAAGGCAUCUCCCUGCGAGGCACCUUUAUCAUCGAUCCCAAUGGCAUCCUGCGCCAGUACUCCAUCAAUGACCUGCCCGUGGGCCGAUCCGUCGACGAGGUGCUGCGCCUGAUCAAGGCCUUCCAGUUCGUAGAGCAGCACGGAGAGGUGUGCCCGGCCAACUGGAACCCCAAGUCGAACCCGGCCACCAUCAAGCCCGAUGUGGAAGAGUCCAAGAAGUACUUCAGCAAGCACGGCUAAAGGAUCGUUUGAUUAUUUCUAACACACCUGAAACAUUCACUACACAGCGAAAAAGACUCGAAAAAUAAAGAUGAAGGAGAUUGGGAAUUCUAAUUUGAUUUA